AUGUUUUCAUCUCUUUUGGAUCAUUUUUGGAGUACCAACUCCCUGUUUUUGAAAAUAGUGCAAUGGAAAGGUUGCCUAUAUACAGAUGAAGAAAAUGUAAAUUUUGCCAGACAUGAUGAACUCUACAGGACCCACAAUGAAGAGGGAGAGGAACCAACUCAAACAGCUUUCAUGGGGUUUAAUGCCCAGUCCCAAGACCAAGAUCCCCAUCAGAUCCAGGCUCACAUGCAAAAUGCUGAGGCUACAUUGAUCACCACCUGGGAAGCUGGUUGGAAUGUAACCAAUGCUAUUCAGGGGAUUUUUGUUCUAGGUUUGCCAUAUGCUCUACUCCACAGUGGAUUCAGCGGGCUGCUUCUUAUUAUCCUGGCUGCAGUUUUCUGCUGCUACACUGGCAAAAUUCUAAUCGCUUGCUUGUAUGAAGAAAAUGAAGACGGGCAGCUCAUAAGAGUGAGAAGCACAUAUGAAGACAUCACUAAUGCCUGCUGCAAACAGCUAUUUCCGAAACUUGGUGGCAGAGUUGUCAGAGUGACCCAGGUGAUGGAACUGAUCAUGACAUGCAUUUUGUAUCUGGUUGUUAGUGGGAACUUGCUGUCACAUAGCUUUCCAGCUCUCCCAGUGACUGAGAAAAUAUGGUUGGUAAUUGCCUGUGUAGGUCUGCUGCCUUGUGUGUUCAUCAAAACCCUCAAAGUUGUAUCCAAGCUCAGCCUCCUCUGCUCCUUGGCUCAUUUUGUUAUUAUCUUUGUAGUGAUCACUUAUUGUCUGACCCAAACACAUCGCUGGUCCUGGUCAAGAUUCAGCCUCUCGGUGGAAUUUGAGAGUUUCCUGGUUUCAGUAGGAGUGAUCAUUUUCAGUUACACGUCACAAAUAUUUCUUCCUACCCUGGAAGGGAAUAUGGAGAACCCUGGAAAGUGCGGAUCUAUGCUGAACUGGACUCACUUCUUGGCUUGUGUCUUCAAGACAAUCUUUGCAUUGACUGCUUUCUUGACAUGGGGUGAAGAAACAAAAGAGGUUAUCACCGAUAAUCUUCCAUCAUCAUUGCAGACCUUGGUGAACUUAUGCCUGUUGACUAAGGCACUCCUGUCUUACCCAUUGCCAUUCUUUGCAGUCACAGAGAUCCUGCAUGAUUACAUAUCAUGGAGCCACACCUCUGCAUGCCUUCCUGUGAUUUUAAAAAGUUUUCUCCUCUUGUUAACUCUGCUGAUAGCCAUAGCUAUACCACAUUUUGCUCUUCUGAUGGGUUUAACAGGGAGUGUAACGGGUGGUGCAGUGACCUUCCUCCUUCCUUCUCUUUUUCACUUGAAGCUUAAAUGGGAAAAGUUAAUGCUUUUGGAGAAAUGUGCAGACAUUUCUAUGUUUACUUUUGGUAUCUUUUGCAGUCUAACUGGUCUUGUGUGCUGCAUAAAAGGUCUACUAAAAGCAUUUGGAUAA